AUGCAAUACGUGGGUAAAGUCGGUGACUACGUAUACAACCAGUGGAACUCGUUGAACCCGGCCACUCUUUCGGGUGCCAUCGACAUCAUUGUCAUCGAGCAACCAGACGGUCUGUUUCACUGUUCGCCCUGGCACGUUCGUUUUGGCAAGUUUCAGAUUAUCAAACCUCUGCAAAAAAAAAUCGACUUAUAUGUCAAUGACAUCAAAACUGACUUGCCCAUGAAAUUGGGUGAAGGUGGUGAAGCGUUUUUCGUGUUUGCCACAGACUCAGAAGACUUGUCGCUGCUGGUGGUGACGUCUCCCGUGGUUUCAGCCGAACUGUCACCUGUGGGGUCGCCACACUCAUCAGCUCCUGGCUCUCCUCGAGCAUCACUGCUAGAUUUGAACAAGAAUGAACCAGAAGUUUUGGAUUUAAACUCUCCCGCCAACAACGACAUUGAGCUGAAAAUUGCUCUCGAUAAGACAACCCCGCCUCCUAAAAGUGCAACCUCAAGGAGCGACACGCCCACGCUGAUUCUGAAGCUUGCAUUCGAGGAGGCCAAAAAAAUCACCCAAAAACUCAAUAUCCCAUCGAAGAUUGAUAUCAACGGUGAUAUGGUGCUCGACAUGGACGGAUAUAAACCCAAUUCGCAGAAGAACAUCGACGAGUCUGACGAGCUAGUACAGAAAGUGUUUUUGCGUGAGAUGAACAAUUUACUAAAUGGAAAAGUAUACCCCGUUGGUGGGGAUGAUGCGGACAAUAACGAGUUUAGUCUUUUACAAGGUGUGAUUUCCAAAGACGAGGACGGCAAAAUCAGGAUUGUGAACCAAGCUGGUGAGGACUCUGCCUUUGAAAAUGACCUUGCAAGCACGGACAAUCUUUCCCUUUCAAGUGACGAGGCCAACUCGAAUCAACUUAACCAAGCACCAAGCACAUUAAUUGACCACAAAGAUAGGGAUCAAACCUACUUCAAAACUUUACGUUUGACGUCCGAGCAAUUACGCAUGAUGAAAUUGAACUAUGGACGUAACAAGCUUAAAUUCAAGCUAAAUCAAGGCAACUCUCAAGUUGUAUCCGACUUAUACCUUUGGAAAUCUACCACACCUAUCGUGAUCUCCGAUAUUGAUGGUACAAUUACCAAAUCUGAUGCUCUUGGGCAUGUUCUUAAUAUGAUUGGUAAAGAUUGGACACACCCAGGCGUGGCAAAGUUGUUCCAGGACAUUGCUAGGAAUGGUUAUAACCUUGUGUACUUGACCGCAAGAUCUGUGGGUCAAGCAGAUACCACCCGUCAAUACUUGGACAGCAUCAGCCAAGAUGGUGUGAAGUUACCCAAAGGUCCAGUCAUACUCAGUCCUGAUAGAACCAUGGCCGCAUUAAAGCGUGAGAUUAUCUUGAAAAAACCAGAAGUUUUCAAGAUGGCUUGUUUAAGAGAUAUUAGCAGCUUGUACUUUGCUAAGACGGGGCACAUUAAUGAUGACGAUGAAAGAACACCGUUCUAUGCCGGGUUCGGAAAUCGUAUAACAGACGCUAUCAGUUAUCGAAGCGUCAAAAUUCCCUCGCAUCGUAUCUUUACUAUAAAUCCGAACGGAGAAGUGCACAUGGAGUUACUUGAACUUGCUGGUUACAGGUCUUCAUACUUACGCAUUGGGGAGCUUGUUGAUCAAUUUUUCCCACCUUUGAAACUCAUAAGUGAUGUGAAUCCUUACUGGAAUCAGGACCAGUUUGAUCAGUACAUCCAUGCCAAAGACGGUGCUGAGUUAGCACAGUCACCUGGCUCUCCGCGUAGCAUUAGCAGCUUUGAUGUGGUGAAGCCAGAUGAAAAGUUCACCGACCUCAACUACUGGAGAGAGCCAAUGGCGAACCUCAGUGAUUUUAGUGAUCUCGAAGAUGAUGAGGCUGAGCCGGCCUCGUUGAAAUCCAGUCCUAACCUGCCAAAGAUGGGCACCACACCGACUCCAGGGCUGCCAGAGAUCUACUCUGUGAGGUCCGCAGACCUUGAUAGAAACAGGUCGCAGACGCAGUCACCAAAGAAAGAGAGGCCGAUAUCAGCGUCCUUCACCUCGCCACUCAAAAAUUUCAUGAUGUUCAGCAGUGGGAACGGUGAAUCAAGAAAACGCGGAGAAGACGAAGAAGAAGACGACGACUUCACGGAUGAUGAUUAUGACGACGACUACACUGACGACUACGAUGAUGAGGAUGACGAGGAUGAUGAGGAUGCUGAGGAUGAGGAUGAAGACGAAGCUGACGAGGACGGUGAGGACGAUGAUGACGAUGUAGACGGCAACGAGGUUGACGAGGAGGAUAUUGAUACAGAGGAAGACCUUGACCUUGACGAUGGCUUAACUACGCCUCAGCCGUCCGCGGUAGUCGACGACAAGCGCAAGCAGCCGACCCCACCAGCACCCUCCAGCAGACCUGCAGAUGAGGAAGUGAAGAUCAUCACCGCCCGUGAAAUGCUCGAGCAAAUGGAUUUGAAGAAGGAAGAACAAAAGAGUUAG